AGUGUAGCUACAUUCACACUGUAUUCAAAUUGAAAAUAAAGGAGAGGAAUGUGAAUGUACGUUUCCGUUUACUUCAAAUCAAAUGUUUAUAAAUAAUCAGUAUGUAUAAUCAUUACCAUGACUCAGAUUAUGGGUAGUGAAAAGAAAGGUCUUAUUUUUGAAAUUAGAUCUUCUAAAAUAGCCGGAAACACAGAUGAAAAGAAGCAUGUUAUCUAUUCCUUACAAAUUAGAUAUAUUUCUGAGAAUGAUGACCUAAAUCCCUCAAUUAUUGAAAGACGAUAUACUCACUUUUUGGAUUUAUACACUUCCCUUAAAAAUGAACAUCCAAAUCUCAUGAAUAAUGUCGAAUUUCCGAAGAAAGUUAUAUUAGGAAAUUUUGACAAUGAACUUAUCUCGACUAGAAGUACAGGUUUUGAAUCUCUUUUAAAAUAUAUCUCUACUGAAAGUCGACUGCGAAAUUCUCAUGCACUUUUGGCAUUUCUUCAGAAUGUGGAGUUGAAUCAAGCAAAAGAAUUUUUCAAAAACAAGGAAGCCUCACUGGCUUAUCCAAUUUUGGAAAAUAGCUUAAAAUUACUAAAUAAGGUGUAUACAGACCGAUCGCCUGCAGUUAUACUAGCCCUAAAUCGUUUAAUUGCUUGUGUAGAAUUAAUGUCAGAUUUUCCCGAGGCAUUGAAAUGGGCAGAUUUGGCAAUUCACAGAUACGAAGGAGUUAGUGAUAGUGAUUUACUUGAAUUAUAUAUUCCUUUGUUACAAACCUGUGUCAAAUUAUGGGAUCAAAAUGGUAGAAAUCCAGAAGAAAUUAAAAAUAGAUUAACAAAUCUUCAAAAACAGGGUAUGAAAGUCGAUGAAUCUACUAUUCUCAUGGAUGCAGUAGACAGCAUCGAGAAAAAGAUAUUUAAUGUAUCAUCUACUUCUUGAAAACUUAAAUUCAUUUCUUGCACGUAAAGAACGUAAUUUAAAAUGACAAAAAAAUCAUUUCUGUGAUAAGAUGUUAUUAAUCAUGUCAUUAAAAGAUCUUCCUUUUUUGUGUGUAUUGUAAUUUAAUUAAGUAAGUAUGGAUAUUUAUAUUGGUGCAAUAAUGCUUAUUAAUCUACAUAUUAUAUCAAUUAAUCGAAAAUGAAAC